AUGAAGAGACAAUUUCCAUCGAAGGAGAAUCAAGUUUCUGUUGAUGCAAUGGACUCUUGUUCCGCAAUUUCCGUUCCAUCAUUUCUCAUUCCAGUCCCCAAUCUCUGCACAGACAUCAACUCGUUAGAACUGGGACUCACCAGACGGGCAGCAAUGUAUCAGGACUACAUGAAGCAGAUCCCAAUCCCGACUAAACGAGGCUCUGUCAUUCCGUUUACAUCAUGGAUGGGAUUAGGCAAAUCCAUUAAGCAGCUAUACGGGCAGCCUCUGCAUUACCUCACAAAUGUGGCCCUUAUGCAAUGGGACCAGUUGAGAAUUGGCAGUGAGGAUGAAUGGAAGCCCUUGGACGAUAUAGUUCAUCCAUGCAAAGCAGAAGCAUCCAUCUGGCUCAUGGAAGAAAUCCAUCGACAAACCUCGUCACAUUUUUAUAUUGCUAAUCUCUGGAAGAAGGACCCAAUGUACAGUGGGUUUGUUGAUUCCAUUUUCCCAAAAUUGGAGCAAUCUUGA